AUGUCGUUUUGCAAGGGAAGGACGUUCAUUGAUAUACUCAAUCACCCUAAGUUGCUUACCGCGGCCAACAUUAUUCAAAUCUACAUCGCCGUGGCGCGAAGCCUUGACGAAAUUCACGGUCAGGGCGUUGUCCAUAACGAUUUUAAGGAAGAUAAUGUGUUAAUAGAAGAGAACACAGCCGAUGGUAGCUUCACGGCCCACAUCAUCGAUUUUGGGCUUUCUACAGCCGUGGGAGAGUUGACAAAUAUCUCUGGAUCACCAAGUGAUUUUCCCUUUUAUGCCCCAGAGAUCCUUGCUGGUCACCCAUGUCACCCCAAGGCUGAUGUUUUCUCUUUGGGGUUCACCCUUAAUUUUGUUACUGAGACAUUAUUGAGUGACCGACACCUAAAGGCGUGGCCGCCCGGCACCAGACAAUUAUUCUUAGAUAUGCUACAGCAGAACCCAGUAGAUCUGCCUGAUCUCUGUGAAGUUAUUAGACGUUUAGAGUCUUCCCUCCAGCAGCUUAUCUGUCACUCUGUCAUACAGAGUCCUCCUUACAUCCCCUAG